AUGCAAAACCAUAACAUAUGUCGGCUUUGUCUCGGUAAAUCCGAAGACCUCGAAAAUUUGUAUCAGCCCCUGGAUGAAUCAACGUGGCUCCUCGACGAAAUCCAAGACUGCGUCGGAAUACGUAUAACGCUCGCACCUGGACUACCCGGGCAAAUAUGUGCCUUCUGUAAAGUGCAGGUUUUAACGAUGUCCAAUUUCCGUAAGAUGUGCGUCUCCUCCGAUGAAUGUUUACGAAGGGAAUACGCUGAUAUAUACAAGGAGGCCGAGCUGUCCUCGGCAUUUUCGUUGAUUUCCUGUCAUGAGAACGAAUCGGAAGACGCAACCUUGCUGUUGGGUCAGCGAGUAAAGCACGAUCCGUCGAUGUCAUUAGGAACUUGCAGCAGUCAAGAAAGUCUUGAUUUUGGCCAUUACCCUCUUUUGGAGGAAGCUUUGGGCGACUCAGUGAGAGAUUACAACGUAGAGGAAGUCUGCACAACCGUAUCUAGAGAAACGACACUGACAUGGGACGCGCCAUACGAAUCUAGUUCGAUUGUUAGUGUUGAGCCAAGUAUUAGUAGUAGUAAUCGUGCGUGCAAGCGGACGAUUUCUUCAUCUUCGUCCUCCUCCUCUUCGUCGGCCGGCUUCGACUCUUUCUGUGUUUCUUUGGCUGUAGGACCGCUGUGGUGGUCCGAUGUCCCAACAAACAGAACCGAUCACGAUAGGGCGUCUCCCUUAAAAGAUUACAAUCGCAAAACAUCAAUUGAUUCGACCACCACCGCUUCUUCUGAAUAUACCGACCUUGAUUGCACUGAAUCGACCGUAGAUUUUAUGAACCAACAUGAGGCAGCUGUCAUCCAGGAAGUAUUAACGCAACCGACACCGACUCAAAUUACGCUGAAACUGUACAUUACGGCGCAAAAGCACAGCACGUGGGAGACGAUCUUUAAUCCGUUGGACAACAUGCUUUACGUGAACCUUCCUUCGGCCAUGUCGCAUGAGGCCUCGAAGCAUUCGUUCAUAUCGCUGCUGGAGUUUGCCGAAGAAAAACUCGAAUGUGACGGAGUCGUGUUGUGUAUCCGUAAGAAUCGACUCGAUCGACCCAAUCUGGUGCGUACAUUUUCCUUUGUCGGAUUCCAGCUGGUCAGCCCAAAAUCCCCGUUGACCCCGCCGCACAUCGAAAUGCAGCAAAAGAACGAAUAUCUGUUCAUGAUCUACAACAUCGAAGAGUAGAAAGCAACAAUACAAAAUCUAUUCAGAUCAAGACGCGUGGGUGUGUGUUUAUCAAAAUUAAAUCUCCGGAUACGUCGUUUGAGCACCUUUCGGAAACCGCCAUCCUCUCCGAACUAGAACCUUUCAUCCUGCCAUUACAUCUGCGAAUCAAACGUUCGAUAUCACAAGAGUAAGGACUCGUUGCGCUGCUGAGCUUCGAUUGGUGGCAAAUCGUCGCAUCCCAAAUCCGUACGCUCAAUGAAUUCGUUUUGAUAAAUACGCAUUUUACCUACACAAAAACGCAAUGAACCUGUUGACAUCAACAGAAUCAUAUAAACUUAAAAGUAAAAAAUCAUGAAAACAUCUCUCUUUUCAAAAGAUUACAAUACCAAUAUAAAACUGACAGUAUGAACUAACGUAUAAAAGUAAACUAUAAUAAACCCAAUAAUCAAGGUCGAUCAAUUGCGAUUUGUAAUUGUUUUAAGUGAAAUGCUUUUGUCGAUAUUUAAAAAACUUAAAAAAAAUCUAACAAAAAAAAAUUAAAAAAAACGAAAAUCUUUUUAUAAACAUUUUUACAGAAAAGACCCAAAAAAAUGUACAAACUUAUUGAAUAUCUGUAAGAGAAAAAAAAAAACAUUUGAAACCUAUUGAAUUGAUUUAGUUCGGUCAAUCAGCUAUUGAAACAUGUUGAAGGAAAGUAAAUUUUACGUCUAUGAAGUAUACAACUUGAUUCAUCUGCGAGGAAAUAACUUAUGUGAAUAAGAAAACGCUAGCAAGCAACAAAUGGCGUAAAGUUGCACCUAUUAUCAAUUAUUGUACUUAUUUACCUACGUAUUGUAAUUUUCACUAGUGCGAUGGAGGAGGGAAAGAGUAAAAAUACAUAUAGGAAGAAUCUAGUAACUGGUAUUGUGAUUGGACGUAGCGUUCGGUUUCGCUUUUUUUUAUGCCGACUCUCGUCGGGAAAGUUGAGAGGUUUUCAAAAGAGGUGUAACUGAUAAAACACAGUAAAAUACAAAAUACAUACCCAAAAUGGAAAGGAAAUUUAUUUGUUUUAUUUUUUUUUACUUUAUUAUGGGACGUGGUUUUAAAGGAACAAGUUUUUUUUAAUAAUUGGGAUGAAAAAUAUAUUUCUAGCUUAGUCUUGUUACAACUAUUGUAAAACAUAGUACUACAGUUUAUUUUAUUGCGCAAAUAUCUCUUGUGAGUUUCUGUGGAACCAAUAUAUGGCAGUUGUCGAGGUUUCAACGAAAGUCAGAAAACAUCUACUAACAUAGUGAAAUAACAAUAAAUGUGCAUACUUUUAAUUAUUCUAUUAUUACCAUUAUAUCCAUGUUUAUCGAAAUGAUUAGAAUGAUUUGAAAAUAAAUGAAAGAUCUUUUUUAUUUUCAA